AUGUCAUCCACGGAUUCAGCGAGCGAGGUCGACGUGUCAGUUCUGAGUCCACCAAAGAAGCGACCAAAGAAGAAAUCAUUAAGUUGUUCUGAGAAGCACAUGGUGCUUAAUGUGUAUGAAACGGAACUGUUACAUUCGGAGCAGUCGAUGAGUGACAUUGUUUCGAAAACAGCUGCAUCUACAGGUGUUGGACGUUCUUCAGUGCAUCGUGUGAUAAAGGGCGUCUGGAGGGGAGCGCAGAGAGUAGGGAGGGGGUGGGGCCCGGCUGGCCUGAGGGGAGAAGGCGGCAGCCAGUCGCGGUCCGACAGCCGCCGAGUGCGCAUCCGAUCUCUGUCUCGACGGCGCCUGCAAGCGCAGCGGCGGCCGACGUUCUCGCCGUACCGCCACUUCAUGGAAACCCAGCCUGCCGUCAUGGAAACAAUUGGGCCUGAAAGAGAGAGUACAGCCACACCACUGCUGUCCAGUGCAGAGGAGCUGAACUCUGCAGCAGUGCUGGCGGGAAUCAUCAUUGGUGUUCUACUGACCGUCUCACUCCUGUUCUCACUUGCUCUGCUAAUAGACUGCAGAAACAGGAAACGAGAGGCAUCUAAGCAUGGAACACCGAGGAAAGUACGGGUCAUUAGAAAGUUACCAGUGCUUAUUCCUGGUCGUAAUGUGAAUGGAGAUGCUCUCGCCUUUGUUAACAAGAUCUGUACUGAGAACUCCAUGACUUCACCAGUUACAUCAGUUGCACCUGUUUCAUCUGCAAGAGAAGAGAUCUGUUAAAGAAAAGCCAUUGAACAAACCAAAAAUUGUGCUUUUCAACCAGGCAGUUUGAUAAAAAGACUGAAAUCAGUGAGAAUUUCAGAUAUAUUUAUUAUAUCAGUUGAUAUACAGAAUUUUAUACAUGUACAUAAAAUCUAUAUAAUUGUUCCUUUAUAUUUUUAAGCAUUUUUAAAGAGAUGUCUAUAAUAUGCUAGUCAUUCCUAAAGAAAAUAAAUUGUUUAACUUACACUAAA